CCCAAAAAAAAAAUUAUAAACAGAGUUUUAACACAGCCUGUGAAGGAUCUACCACCAUUGAAACCUGUUGUAAAUAUUUUCUUACAGAAAAAAAUAUAAAUAAAUAAAAUUUAAAAAAAAAACCUGCAUAACUUUUGGCAAUCAAUCCCAGGUGUUGGUGAUAAUACUUCAAAUUUGUCUAUAUGUUAUGAACACAAUUAAGUAUCCCAACCAACCAAAACUAUACGCCCCCACUAUCCAGCAACAACAAGCAAGCAAUCGUACAACUACAUACAUACUAUAUUAAACAGCAACCCAGCAGCAAGAAAAAAUAUAUAAAAACAAAAGAAAAUCGAAACAGAGCUACAAAACGUUAAUUGCUGUUAUUUAUUUUGAAUUUGCUACCUGCACGCCAAGGAUAUGGAAAUUUGUUCUUUGAUACAACAAAGCACUUAAACAACAACAAACUCAACUGUUCCAUGCGGCUUAAAUGGACUUACACCAGAUAUUGUGAUUUAUUCUUCCAAACAAAAAGAUUAACCACACAUAACCCGAAGUGCCGACUUAUGUCCCAACCAAGCCAGUAAGCAGAGCAUAUCUCCCCUAAAAAAAAAAUUACUGAACAAUUUUCGUAUAUACCCUGAAAUCCUCAAAAAUUACGCUCUUGUCACCGCAAGAAACACAAAAACAAAAUUACUCGUAUGCACCGUUGAAGACAAUGAAGUAUUGCAGCAUGAACGGACCAAGCGAAUCUGAAGUUGAAAGCUUACUUAUGAGUCCAUGCUGGGGUCCAACACAGAACGGCAGCCAGGAUCAAUAUCUGCUUGAUGGCCAUAAACUGUUACUUGAACACGAUUUAGAUUCGCUGCCGAGUGACACGGAACAGAAGAAUUCCCUGGAUGUACUCGAUAAUCUACUAUUGAACACAUCUUCCCUGAAUGCACUUUCAGAUUUGAAACCACUACCACCGUUUACCGGCUAUACGGGGCAUUUGUCCAUUAACGGCAUCUCGGGACAUCAUUAUCAUGCAAUCGCACAGAGGCUACCAGAUGAGAGUAACAACAAUUACAUUCAAAGCGCCUAUCAGACAAAUCAUACGGGGGGCAGUGGUAAUGGUACCACAAGCAUACAGUUGGCGGCGGCGACGUCGGGCACAUCACCGCUACCCUCGUUGUCGAGUGGCGGUGGUGGCGGCGGCGGCGGCGGCGGUGGUGGUAGUGGUGGUGGUGCCAACAGUCAUGGAUCUUCAGCCGAUCACAACAUAGUUUCCUCGUCUACUUGCCUGCCAGAGAGUGUUUUGAGUCCCGAUGCGGACGCCUGCCUGAACGAUGUGAAACUCUUCGCUGAUAGUCAACUAGAUAAUAAGCUCUACUCAAUGGCCGACAGUUGUGUUAUGUCGGCAGGUGGCGCGAGUGGCCUUGGUGGUGGUAGUGGCGGUGUGGUGAACAAUGGUAUGGUAGGCGGUGGCGAUCAAGGCACAGAUUCGCUGCACAGUAGUGUACGCAUUUAUACCGACGCCAAAGAUCUGUCCGAAUAUGUAGAUAUGAACUCCAUAGACGAUAUAGCGGCUAUUAUAGGUUCAGCGAUAGCAGACACAACAGUGCCAAAUCAGCUGGACAAGGAUGAUGGUAAUGACACGCGCGACUCAUGGAUGGAUUUAGAUGCGUGGAUCGAUGGGAAUUGUAUACAACAGGAUGGUAAACUUCUAGUGUCGCAACAGGAUACGCUUAGCGAAUUUAUCUUGCCACACUCGCCCGUGCAUCCGAGUUCAACGCUACAGAACUUACUGACGCAUGGUUAUAUGCCCUUUCUGCAGAAUAGAUUACAAAAUGGACCACCACAACACCAAACACAAUCGAAUAACUCAACAGCGCUGAAAAGUGAAGCACCCAGCUCUACCUCAUACUGCAACGAACUGCCCACAGCGACAUCCACCUCAAGUCCGCCGGGUUCCGUUGUCUCGACCACGGAUAACCUAAUGAUCAAUCCACGCUAUCUCACCAAUCCACAGCAAUACCAAGUCACCAUGUCAUCGAUGAAAUCAGAUGGACUCUGCAGUCCCGAAAUGUUGGGCAAUUAUCCGCAUACGACGACCAUCACACCCACCGGUACGCCGAAAACGAAGCGAUCACGUUCUCAAAAGAAGUCCAGUCAGCAACAGCAAUCGCACGGGCAGUCCAAUAAUGGCGGUCUAGGACCGCCACAACUCAACGCAAUUUCACCGUCUUCCGUCAACUUCAGCGCCAAUGACUUAUCCGGUCUGCUGGGCAAAGAGAAGCCUGUGCAUCGGUGUAGCAUAUGUAAUCGGGGUUUUCUCAAUAAAAGCAACAUCAAGGUACACCUGCGUACGCAUACGGGCGAGAAACCGUUCCGUUGUGAUGUUUGCGCCAAAGCGUUUCGACAGAAGGCGCACUUGCUCAAACAUCAACAGAUACAUAAGAGAAUUGGGCGUGACUGACACGAUGCGCGCGAGUCUCACGAACAGCAUGAAAAUGUCGUUGUGAUGCAAGCAAAUAUGCGAGCGUUCAAGCCCAAAUCUACAAAAUCGUUGCGUCUGAAAGUGGCCUGAGUGUGGGUGUGUGAGUAUAUGUAUAUGUAUAUAUGUAUAUAUAUAUGAGUGUACGUAAUUGCGUAUAAAGUUCAGGAGUACUUGAAAAUUCUAAAUUUUCCAAUACUCGAAAGCCAGUACUAGCGUAUUUAGCUGUUUUGUGGCUACACGUAAGGGUCGCCAUAUUAGAGCUAAACACCAAACUCACCACACAUCAGCACUAUCAGAGGCAGCGUAGAGUUCAUUGAGUAAAUUGGAAUGAUGGCAAUACUGUUCUGAGUUUAAGAGGCGUCUAUUGAGUGCUCUUAAAGUUCACUUUCUCUGUCAGCCACCGACUCUCAGGGAGUAUUCUCUCAAUUCGAUUUUCUUCAAUGAACGAGUGCGUGUUGCGUAUUCCUAAGUGCAUAAAUAUGUACGUGUGUAAACACUACAUAAAAUGAGGUGAGUAUUUUCUGUACGAUUGAUUUAACUACAUUUGGAAACCACUUAUAUUCCAUGGAAUGAGAGUACAAUCUUUUGUAGUUUCUUUGAUAACAAAAUUACUCACGUUUCUAUUUUUAAGCAUAAUUUGUAUUUAUAUACAUUUUAAGCGACUUCUACGGAAUAUGAAACACGCAGUCAAUAUUUGUUAUUCGUUGUUGUUGGUUGCUUUUGAUCUCUUUAGUUAUACUCAACCUAAUUAUAGGCACAUUGUUGAAGGUGAUGGGCGUUGCAGUUACAUAUAUACGUAUUUUGAGAGUGCCAGGAGCUGCUUAAAAUUCAGAUUUAAGCUAGGUGGAACUGACUGGCUCUCAUUUAGACGGUACUACGUUGACAGUGUUGCCAGAUACACAAUCAGAGCUGCACUUUAUUGACUCUUUUGAGCGCCUCUAGUAGGAAGAGCAUUGUUGUUCUCUUCGCAAAUUUAAGUAGUUACAUAUGCUCUUUGUCAUUUGCUGAUUGAAGGUCCUGCCACUUU